CGGUGGUGGAGGCCAGGCCAGGGAGCGUCGGGAGGGAGCUGGGAAACCUCUGUCCCCAGCAUGCAGGAUGAAGCUUGCCAGGGCUGCCGGCCUUGGGCUGCUUGGCAGGCUGGUGGCCUCCAGGGGGCCCAGGGGAAGGCGCGGGGUCUCCAUCCAUGCCACUGGAACCAGCGCCAAGCUCCCACUCCCCAGACUUGCCGUCUUUGGCACCGGAAGGAUCAUGCGGCCAGACGACGCUAAUGUGGCGGGCAACGUCCACGGCGGGACCAUCCUGAAGAUGAUUGAGGAGGCCGGGGCCAUCAUCAGCACCCGGCACUGCAACAGCCAGAAUGGGGAGCGCUGUGUGGCUGCCCUGGCCCGGGUGGAGCGUACCGAUUUCCUGUCGCCCAUGUGCAUCGGUGAGGUGGCACACGUCAGUGCUGAGAUCACCUACACCUCCAGACACUCUGUGGAAGUCCAGGUCCACGUGAUGUCCGAAAACAUCCUCACAGGAACCAAAAAGCUGACCAAUAAGGCCACCCUGUGGUACGUGCCCCUGUCCCUGAAGAAUGUGGACAAAGUCCUCGAGGUGCCUCCUGUUGUGUAUUCCCGCCAGGAGCAGGAGGAGGAGGGCCGGAAGCGGUAUGAAGCCCAGAAACUGGAGCGCAUGGAGACCAAGUGGAGGAACGGGGACAUCGUACAGCCCAUCCUGAAUCCAGAGCCCAACACCGUGAGCUACAGCCAGUCGAGCCUGAUCCACCUGGUGGGGCCCUCGGACUGCACCCUGCAUGGCUUCGUGCAUGGAGGGGUCACCAUGAAGCUCAUGGACGAGGUGGCCGGGAUCGUGGCUGCCCGCCACUGCAAGACCAACAUAGUCACGGCUUCUGUGGACGCCAUUAAUUUUCACGACAAGAUCCGGAAAGGCUGUGUCAUCACCAUCUCGGGCCGCAUGACCUUCACAAGCAACAAGUCCAUGGAGAUCGAGGUGCUGGUGGAUGCCGACCCCGUGGUGGACAACUUGCAGAAGCGCUACCGGGCCGCCAGCGCCUUCUUCACCUACGUGUCGCUGAGCCAGGAGGGCAAGCCGCUGCCUGUGCCGCAGCUGGUGCCCGAGACCGAGGAUGAGAAGAAGCGCUUUGAGGAUGGCAAAGGGCGAUACCUGCAGGUGAAGGCGAAGCGGCAGGCCCAGGUGGAGCCUCAGCCCUAGAAGCCCUCCUCUUGCCACUGGGGCCCGAGCACCUGCAGUGACAGCCCCGUGUCAGUCACUUAGUCACCCCUUGGCCAAACCCCACUGCCCACUGAGAGCUGGUGUUGUGUGAAGUGUCCAUUGACAGUGUUAGCCCACGCCCUGUCCCGAACACCUGUGCACCAAAGCUUUAUUUUAUCCUUCCAGUACAAAUGCUACACAGUAUUGUCCCAGCCGCCGGAGGCGCCCUGGGGACACCUUGUGUAAGGUAUGUCACGAAUCCAGCACCGUUAAUAAAGCUGCUGUUCAGCUGGG